UAAAGUUCCGUGUCAAAUUUGCCAUCAGAAUUGUUUUUAUUUUACAGAAUUAGCGAGCCUGCUUCAUGGAUUUUUCCUCCUGGUGGAAUGUUUUUUGGACUGUAACAUAUUCUUUGAUAGCGGUAGUGAUAACUACAAGUAAUCUAGCUACCAUUAUGAUAUUUGUAAAACGGAAACUCCUAGAUCGUGCGCGUUACUUGAUAUUAAGCCUGACCGUUGCGGACACAUUUGUGGGAACUUUAUCAGUUCCUCUGUGGAUUGCUGUUGGUUUCUAUGAAGAUCAUUUGCUGUCUCUCGUAUUUCAAUGUACAGACAUUUUUACUGGUGUAGUGUCUAUCUUUACGCUCGCUAGCAUCUCACUGGAGAGAAUGCACGCCAUUUUAUGGCCUCUCCACCAUCGAACGCUGACACUACGUUUCUACACCUGCGUGAUCGGAAUCCCGUGGAUCUUUGGUUUGGUGGGAAUGUCGUGUCGAUUUUUUAGCUUUUACGACGGUAUAUCCUGGAUGGGCUUCACAAUCAUAAUAAACGUACUUCUCCUCGCUCCCCUUCUGAUUACAAUCAUUGCUUAUGUUCUUAUAUGGAGAAAACAACGUCAUCGACUUCCGAACGAAGUCCAAGUAGACGAUCGAGAUAAGAAAUUGGCAAAAACCCUGCGUACUAUAACGGGAGCGUUUAUUCUAACUUGGGGACCUCACCAGGUUAUAAACACUGUGUUCAUAUCUGGCGUGUCUAUUCGAUCAUGGCCGUACCUAGUAUUUCAUAUCAUGAAGAUAAUGCAGUUCAUCAACUCCUUUAUCAACGUUGUCGUCUAUUCGCUAAGGAUCCCAGAAUUCAGAGAGGCACUUUAUUCCUUCUUCUUAUAAGCUUAGCUUCAGAGUUAACUCCGAGAGAGGUAGAAACUUUUACAUGUACGUAACCCAUGAACCCGCGUGAAUGAGACGACAAAAUAUCUCAAGUAAGUGUAAUCUGCGAAAGGUAUGGGAGUUUUUCGGUGAUAUUACUAAACAUGUCACUAAUACCUAUUCAAAUAAAAGGAGAGGUUGAGGAGCUUUAAGGCCGCAGACUGUGAUAUUCUAGUAUUCCUCAAGCAAAGAGUAAAUAAAUCAAUAUAAACAUAGCUUAAGCAUAACCUCGUCUGCAUUGAAGUAGCCUACCUUUAUACUUAAAUACUUAUCGUAUAUUCGGCCUAAGGAUCCCAGAUAACAGAAAGGCACUUUUUUCUUACUUCUUUUAGGUCGAGCUUCGGAGAUAACCCUAGGAGAAUGAACAUGGGUAAA